AUGCGCCCAACCUUCGGAGGGCCCAAACUGCCCGUUGAGCUGCGAAAUCAGCUUGGAGAUCCAGCCAACAACAAGCGACGAAACGGUCCGCGCAAUGGGCCUCCGAAUCGCAAAGACAGGCGCAAGGCUGAUCGUGUAGAGAAGAAACGCCAGAACAAGCAGGUCAGACGGCCAGCGCCAUCGCAUCCACACAAUGGCCGCGGACCACGCCGUGGACCCGACGACGACGACGACGACGACGAUGAGGAGGAAGAGGAAAUAGAUUGGGACAACAUCGAAUCCGACGCUACGCCACCCCCAAUAGCUGCGAAAGAAUCGCUCAAGCCGCUGAAAAGCAUUCUCAAAGCGAAGCCAUCACAGCCUGAAGAUGCCUCACCACCACCUGCCAAAUUAUCACGCGCCGCUCGGGAGAAGCUUGCGCAAGAUGAUGCCGACAUUGCCAAGUUAGAGAAGAAGCUAGGUGUAAAGAGCAAAAAGAGAUCCAAGGGAGCGGAUGAUGGCCUGGACGACAUAUUUGGUGACCUUGGGGAUUUCAGUGACGAAGAAGAAGUUCAACCUACAAAGAGGAAGAGGGAUGAGGACAAUGACUGGCUCGCAAGCAAGAGGCGGAAAGCUCUGGGUCAAGAGUCGAGUGAGGAAGAAGACAGCGGGUCGGAAGGCUCUGAAUCAGAUGAUGAGGACUUGGACCUGGAAGAGGCGGGCUUCGAUGAGGAUGAUGAGACUGAGGGUGGCUCUGAUGACGACUUUGGUUCUGAAGAGGACGACGACAUGGAGGACGUGGAGCCAGAACAACCGCGCAUACGAGAGAAUCCAUACGUCGCCCCUGCAGCGCCAAAUGCUCAACCGACCAAGUACAUACCACCUGCGCUGAGAGCACCCCCCUCGUCAGACACAGAGGCUCUGCUGCGCCUUAAAAGACAAAUCCAAGGUCUCUUCAACAGGCUCUCAGAAGCUAACAUAUUGUCAAUUCUACGCGACAUCGAGAAUAUAUACCAAAACAACCCUCGAGGCUACGUCAACAACACACUAGUCGACCUACUUGCUAGCAUGUUGUCGGAUCCCACAGCUCUUCUGGAUACCUUUGUGAACUUGCACGCUGGUUUCAUCGCUGCGGUGUACAAGGUCAUCGGGCCCGAUUUUGGUGCACAAAUAGUGGAGCGCAUCGUUGCAGAAUUCGACCAACACUAUCAGGCGAACAAAGAUGGAAAUGGAAAACAGACCUCGAAUUUGAUAUCCUUGGUGGCGGAGUUGUACACUUUUCAGGUUAUCGGUAGUAACAUCGUUUUCGACUACAUCCGAUUUUUCCUUAAUGAGCUCACGGAAAUCAACACUGAACUCUUGUUGAGGAUAGUCAGAGCAGCCGGCCCACAACUACGACAGGAUGAUCCAAGUUCACUCAAAGACAUUGUUGUUUUGCUGCAAAAGUCUGUGGCAAAAGUUGGACAGAGCAACCUGCCCGUUCGAACAAAGUUCAUGAUCGAGACGAUCAAUGAUCUCAAAAACAACAAGAUGAAGACGGGCAUAGCCUCGUCUGCGAUUUCUCGAGAGCAUACGAUCCGCAUGAAGAAGCAGUUGGGUACUCUGAACUCAAGGAACCUAAAAGCAACCGAGCCGUUACGCGUUGGGCUAAAGGAUAUCAAAGACACGGAGAAGAGAGGAAAAUGGUGGCUGGUAGGAGCGAGCUGGCGAAAUGAGCCAGGCAACGAGGAAAAGCCCGAGGAGCCAAAAGAAGCCGGCAAGACUACAGCCAAGAUCGACAUUGAGGACGAAGACAGCGAAAUCGACCUCGUGCAGCUUGCUCGUGAACAUCGCAUGAACACAGACAUUCGGCGCGCCAUUUUCAUCUCCAUCAUGUCUGCCAGCGACUUCAAAGAUGCUCAGAUAAGACUGAACAAGCUCAACCUCAAAAGAUCCCAAGAGGCAGAGAUUCCACGAGUCAUCGUUCACUGCGCAGGCGCUGAAAAGACCUACAAUCCAUACUACACUGUUCUUGCCCGUAAGGUCUGUUCAGACCACAAGACACGGAAGAGUUUCCAAUUUGCGCUCUGGGAUAUAUUCAAGAGCCUAGGAGAGAAGCAAGACGGUGCAGAUGACGAUGACUCUGACGACGACGAUACGGGUGGCGACACAUCUCUUCGAAAACUGGUCAAUCAAGGCAAACUGUACGGCACACUAAUUGGACGAAAAGCUUUACCUAUCACUACUCUCAAAAACCUCAACUUCCCGUAUUUGCAGCCCAAAACCAGGACUUUUGUCGAGGUUUUGUUAGUCACUACAAUCCUAGAGUCGCUGAAGUCAUCAAAAUCAAAGGACAAGCGAGAUGAACGGGCAGUGCGCGAAGUGUUUGUGGAGGUAGAUCAGGCUCCCGAGAUGAUUGCUGGGCUGCAGUUCUUCCUGAAAAAGGCUGUUAGCAAGACGGAGAUUGUCGAGCAGACGGAAAAAGAGACCGUGCAAUGGGCUUGCAAGUCGAUAAUGGACAUGUUGACGAAAACCUUCCCGGCCGAGCUCCGCAAAAAGCUCAACCACAUCUCCCAUCCCACGCCCCAUCCAUUGACGCCUGUCAUCCCCGCCGUACACUUUACGGCUUCUCUUGGUAGCGAUUCUUCGGUAGUCUCCACCAUGUUCCGCUCACUGGCACCCCGCGCCAUCCAAAGGGCGACGCGGCCCGUCUCCCAAAAGACAUUUUGCGCAUCCAACAUCUACUUCCAGAACCGGUUACGACGAGGCUAUGCGUCGGAAGCUGAGGACAAGGACCUAGUCAUCAUUGGAGGUGGUGUCGCAGGCUAUGUCGCAGCCAUCAAGGCAGGACAGGCGGGCAUGAAGGUCACCUGUAUCGAGAAGCGUGGCUCCCUCGGUGGAACCUGCUUGAACGUUGGCUGCAUUCCCUCAAAAUCGCUCCUCAACAACUCGCAUCUUUACCACCAGAUCCUCCACGACACAAAAGGCCGCGGUAUCGAAGUCAACGAUGUCAAGCUCAACCUCCCCGCCAUGAUGAAGGCAAAGGACACCUCCGUGUCUGGUCUCACCAAGGGAAUCGAGUUCCUUUUCAAGAAGAACAACGUCGAGUACAUCAAGGGAACUGGUGCGUUCCAGGACGAGCACACUGUUGCUGUCAACCUGGUCGAGGGUGGCGAGACUACUGUCCGCGGCAAGAACAUUCUCAUUGCCACUGGCUCUGAGGCUACACCCUUCCCCGGCUUGACUAUCGACGAGCAGAAGGUCAUCACAAGCACUGGCGCCAUUGCGCUCCAGGAAGUGCCAAAGAAGAUGACCGUCAUCGGCGGUGGUAUCAUUGGACUUGAGAUGGCCUCCGUGUGGUCGCGUCUGGGUGCCGAGGUCACUGUCGUCGAAUUCUUGGGCCAAAUUGGUGGCCCUGGCAUGGACGCCGAGAUCGCCAAGGCGACCCAGAAGAUCCUCCAAAAGCAGGGCCUGAAGUUCAAGCUCAACACCAAGGUUACCGCAGGUGAGGUUCACGACGCUGGCGUAAAGGUCAGCGUUGAGGCUGCCAAGGGUGGAAAGGAGGAGACCAUGGACGCUGACGUCGUUCUCGUUGCCAUCGGUCGCCGCCCGUACACAUCUGGUCUUGGUCUGGACAACAUCAACCUUGAGACCGACGACAGGGGCCGCUUGAUCAUCGACCAGGAGUACCGCACCAAGAUUCCCCACAUUCGCGCUAUCGGAGACUGCACAUUCGGACCUAUGCUUGCCCACAAGGCCGAGGAGGAGGCUGUCGCUGCCAUUGAGUACAUCCACAAGGGUCACGGUCAUGUCAACUACGGCGCCAUUCCUUCCGUCAUGUACACCCACCCUGAAGUCGCCUGGGUUGGUCAAAACGAGCAGGAACUCAAGGAGGCUGGUAUCAAAUACAAGAACGGAACCUUCCCCUUCUCCGCCAACUCAAGAGCCAAGACUAACCUCGACACCGAGGGUAUGGUCAAGUUCCUCGCAGAUGCUCAGACUGACCGGAUAUUGGGUAUCCACAUCAUUGGACCCAACGCCGGUGAGAUGAUUGCUGAGGGUACCCUUGCUCUCGAAUACGGUGCCAGCUCAGAGGUAGCGUUUUGUCGCGUGCACGUAACGCGUACCGCGAUUUGGGAUAUUGAUGUCAAUUACACCCGCUUCGGACCGUCUUCACUCAUACCACACCCUUCGACACAAGACGCCAUGAGUAACGAUAAGAUUGAACAGCGCUGCACCGAGCUACGACAUGAAUUAAAGGCCUGGGAAAAGAAGUUUUCAGCAGAGAACAAUGGCCGAAAGGCGGGACGCGAUGAUAUCAAGGCCAAUGCCGAGAUUUCGCAAAUGUACAAGGACUACAACAAGCUACGAGUACGAUUGUCAAGCAAAGCAGCGCCGCAGACCCCCUCGAAGCGAACCCCAAGCCGAAGAGCGAGCCUCGAUGUCGAACGAACACCAAAAGCCGCGCCCAAGCCCACCGUCUCCACACCGUUGAAGAGGAAACGAGAGGACGGUGACGCAAUAGAGAACGUAGAUCUAGCAGCCGAGCUUCUGUCUCCACAAGGACCUACCGUCAUAGGGCCUACGCCCCAGCGCGACGGGAUAGUUCUAGGUCUCUUUGACAUGCUCCCAUAUGCAUAUGGCACACCAAGCAAGCCGAGGACUGUACUAGGAGAUGUGGGGUUAAAUGUGCCACAAACUCCGAGUAGGGGACUUCAAGAUGCAGCAAGUGAGACAUCACUAGAGUCAAGAGCGAGGGGAGAGCGGACACCACUGUCGGCGGGGAAGCGGUUUCUUUUGAACCAAUUCGUCACACCGAAGAAGAGAAGGUUAGACGAGGAGGGUACACCGUCAUCUACGACUCGAGGCCUAGCAACACCUGCGUUCUUGAGAAGAGACAAUAUGCUGAAUGCUAUUGACGAGGAGGAGGAGGAGCCAAUAUCACGGCCAGCACCUUGGAUGCGACGCGGACUUGGACGUAGCCUGAGUUCCAUGAUACAAGCAAUGAGGAAAGAUGAGGACGACAAACUUGAUGAAGAGGCGGAUAUCAUGCGCGAACUGGAAAUGGAGGAAGAAGGCAUCGCCGUCCCCAGGAAACCCAGAGCGUCACAGAUACUGAUAGAAGAUAGCCAAGCGGCUAUGCCCUUAGGGCCAGACCGAGGUCUUGAGUCCGACGAAGGCAGUGAGGAGGAACCAGAACUCGGGCUAGAUGGAAAGCCACGAAGGGUCUGGAAAAAGAAGGGCUUGAAGAGGCAGACGCGGCGUGUAAUAAUGCGCCCGAACAUUGUAAAGCCCAAGCCAAUGUCAGCACCACAGACAAACGACGAGCCAGAGGGAGAACAAGCAGGGGUGCCAGAAACUCAAGUACCAGCGGUUCUGGAAGACGAGUUUGGCUCAGACUUGGAUGGAGAUUCAGACUACGCGAGUGAUGCUUCACAUACCCCGAGACGAAAAGUGCCCGCAGAGAAGCCUGUCAAAGAGAGCGCACUCAAGACGGCGGCCCGCAAGAUCAAAGCUACGGCAAAUGCAAAUUAUCGGAGGCUCAAUAUCAAAGGCAAAGCAGGGACUGGUGCGAAGGGAAAGUUUGGGAGGAGGAGAUAA